AUGGUUUCAACCGACAAUGGCUCAAGCAAUGGCGAAAUUGAAGUCGUCCAUACCAACGAGGAUGCAAACCAGAAUAUGCAAACCCCUUCCAAGACCCAGGCUGGUACUCAUUGGCGUGAUCUUGAAGUCCAGAUGCUCCCUAAAAACAACUAUCCUGUCGUAUUCACUGGCUUGAUGCUUUCGGUGUUUCUUGCCGCCAUGGAUCAGACAAUCGUUUCUACCGCUCUUCCAACCAUCAUACGUGAUUUAGGCGGAGGUGACGCUUAUUCAUGGGCAGGAACAGCAUACUUGCUUACCUCUGCUUGCUUUACUCCUCUUUAUGGAAAGCUCUCGGAUGUCGUUGGCCGAAAACCUCUAAUCUUCUUUGUGAUCGGGAUAUUCAUCAUCGGCUCCGCGCUAUGCGGAGCGAGCCAGUCCUUUAUUAUGUUCAUUAUAAGUCGAGCUGUGCAAGGCAUAGGCGGAGGUGGAAUCAUUCAGCUCUCGUUGAUAACUAUCGGUGAUAUAGUCACGUUGGAGGAUAGACCCAAGUACGCCGGACUCAAUGGUGCAGUCUGGGGUAUUGCGUCGGUCCUGGGACCAUUAAUCGGUGGUGCACUCACCGAUCAUGUUUCCUGGCGCUGGGCGUUUUGGAUUAAUCUUCCGACCGGUGGUGUAUCGGCAGUCCUUGUAUUCUUUCUCAAACUCAAUCCAAAGCCAAGGAAAUCCUUACGAGCCAACAUCCGCGAGUUUGAUUUCCUAGGUCUUGCUCUUUUCAUGUUCGGUGUUGUUACUCUCCUCAUUGGAUUUCAAUUUGGUGAACAUGACUGGGCCGCCCCUCAAGCUUAUGUACUCGUCGUCGUCGCCGUCGUUCUCCUUGUCCUUGGUUGUGUUAAUGAAUUCUACACAAAACGGGCGCCAAUCAUUCCAACGAGGUUGUUCAAAACAAGGACGACUGCGGCUGUGAUAAUCGCAGGAGGACUUCACAUGUUUUCAUUCAUGAUGGCUACGUACUUCCUUCCCACCUACUUCCAGAUCCUCGGAAGCUCAGCGAUCGGUUCGGGCAUUGAUAUGCUUCCUUUAUCACUCGUCAGUUCUCUCGUGGCACUUUUGAGCGGAAUCCUCAUGUCAAAAUUUGGGAAAUACCGCCCUCUUAUUUGGGGAGGACUGGCCGUGAUGACAUUGGGUUAUGGGCUUAUGAUCAGAUUGGACGAAUCAUCGAGUCGGGCAGAAAAGGUAGUGUAUCUACUCGUAGCCGCAAUGGGGACCGGAUGUAUGUUUCAAAUUCCCACAAUAGCCCUUCAAGCAUGUAUGCCAUUAUCUGAAAUGGCAACCUCUACGACUGCAUUCCUUUUAUUCAGAAACUUAUGUGGAUCCAUCGGGUUGAGCGUAGGAAACGUGAUCUUUGCCAACACAUUACGCAAACGACUGCCUCAAGAUGCGCCCGGCUAUGACACCACAGGCAAGACAAUUAGUGAAUUGACGAAUCAACUGAGAGAUUUGGUGUUCAUCGAGCCUGCUGGAUUGAGGCAAGAAGUAUUACAUGCAUAUACCCGGAGCGUCUCGUUGAUGUGGAUUGUUUGCACACCAGUGCUGUUUUUCGCCUUCCUCGUAUCCCUAUUCCUUCGCUCUUAUUCCUUGAAGAGGAACGUGAUGCACGCCAGGGAACAACAGCCUGCAAGUGAGGACACAACUGCUAUCGAGAUCCCCGGAAUCUCGGCAGUUGAGUCGGAAGAAAAGAACCAGGAGGAAUUGGAAGACCCUGACCGGUCGGGGAGGCGCGAAAUUGAGAAGUUGCCACCCGUAUGA